GACUCUUCUUUUGGCGAGGAUGUCAAGCGCUGCACGAGACGUUUCCACGCAUUGGGUGCUGCUGCAAUUGCUGGCGGAUUAAGGGUCAAGGGAGUGCUGGUCCUGGCAGGCCGCUCCAAGUUCAAUUGUUCAGUUCGGCCGUCGUUUCUGAACCCUCUUUCUCCCGCUCCCUUUGCAUCUGUCAGCUUGACUGGGUUCGAGUCUACUCUCCAGGCCUGCUAUCGCACUCCCCCCGACCAUGGCCUUCCGAGCUUCCUUGCGGCUCGCCGCCUCUGCAGCUCGUCCCGCGGGCGCCCGGCUCUACUCCCAGGCCGUUGCCGUGCCGACAUCUAGCGCUGCGUCCGUCCGGGUGACCAGCGCUCAGAUUCAGAGGGAUGCGGCCUUGCCGAACCCUGAUCCGGCAGAGGACUCGGCCAGCGCCGCCCUCGUUCGCGACCAUGCGCCAUUCAUGGUGGCUACGUACGCGCGCCCGCCCCCAGUAUUCGUCAACGGCGAGGGCUCGUAUCUCUGGGACAUUGAGAACCGAAAAUAUCUCGACCUCACUGCCGGCAUUGCCGUCAACUCGCUCGGUCACUGCAAUCCCGAGCUGUCCAAGCUGAUCGCGCAGCAGGCCAAGACCCUUAUGCACGCCUCAAACCUCUACUACAACCCCUGGACAGGCGCCCUUUCCAAGCUGCUCAUUGAAAAGACCGUUGCCUCAGGCGGCAUGCAUGACGCAACUGCCGUAUUUGUCUGCAACUCGGGCAGCGAAGCCAACGAAGCGGGCAUCAAGUUCGCCCGCAAAGUCGGCAAGGUCCUCGACCCGUCAGGGGCGAAACACGAGAUCGUGUGCUUCGGCAACGCCUUCCACGGCCGCACGAUGGGGGCGCUCAGCGCGACGCCAAACCCAAAGUACCAAGCGCCCUUCUCGCCCAUGGUUCCCGGCUUCAAGGUCGGCGUCUACAACGACAUCGAGUCGCUGAAGGAGCUAAUCACGCCGGAGACGUGCUCCGUCAUCGUCGAGCCCAUCCAAGGCGAGGGUGGGGUGCAAGUGGCCGAUGAAGAAUUCCUCGUCGAACUCGCCGCCCGCUGCCGCAAGGUCGGCGCCCUACUGCACUACGACGAGAUCCAGUGCGGCCUGUCCCGCACGGGCACCUUCUGGGCCCACAGCCACCUACCCAAAGAGGCGCACCCGGACAUCUUGACCACGGCCAAGGCGCUGGGCAACGGCUUCCCCAUCGGCGCGACCAUCGUCAACGCGCACGUGGCCGACAAGAUCAAGGUCGGCGACCACGGCACCACCUUUGGCGGGAACCCGCUCGCCUGCCGGCUGGCGCACCACAUUGUCUCGCGCCUGGCCGAGCCAGAGCUGCAGGAAGCGGUGCUGGAAAAGGAGGGGCUGUUCCGGGACGGGUUUGCGAUGCUGCAGAGCCAAUACCCGAACCUGAUCCGCCAGGUGCGCGGUCGCGGGCUCAUCCUCGGCCUGCAGCUCACCGAGGACCCGGCCAGGAUCAUCAAGGCCGCCCGUGAAAGGGGCGUGCUCAUCAUCACGGCCGGCACCAACACGCUGCGGUUCGUGCCGAGCUUGUUGAUCAGCAAGGAGGAGAUUGAGGAGGGCUUACGCGUCCUGGGGGAGGCCAUCGAAGCUACCCGCGAAUAAUGACCUACCUGGGUAGAGUACGUGGACGGGAAUGAGUUGAGGUACAUUUUGUGCGGGGGGAUUAGAUUUGCUUGACGGCUUUGCCAUAGUUUAGGUAGUAUGGUGUUUGGAGUCGAAAAUGAAUUGUCUUUUGCGUCUUGCUCUGCAGCUCGACCACUUCACUUCAGUUCACUUCAUUCACUGUGCUUCAAUGUACCCAGAUUAUCUUGAAUUCGAGAAACCCAUCU